AUGUCUUCCGCUGUCGUGCAUAGCGACGACCUCAUGGAGCCCACGCUCCAGUCGGUCGUCAACCAGAAAACCUUGCGCUGGAUCUUCGUCGGUGGUAAGGGAGGUGUUGGCAAGACCACGACAUCCUGCUCGCUCGCCAUCCAGCUGGCCAAAGUCCGCAAAUCCGUCCUGCUGAUCUCCACCGACCCCGCACACAACCUGAGCGAUGCCUUUGGACAGAAGUUUGGAAAGGAGGCUCGGCUGGUCGAUGGCUACACCAACCUGAGUGCCAUGGAGAUCGACCCCAAUGGCAGUAUCCAAGACCUCUUGGCUAGUGGUGAGGGUCAGGGCGAUGAUCCCAUGUCUGGGAUGGGCGUUGGUGGAAUGAUGCAGGAUCUGGCUUUCAGCAUUCCCGGUGUGGACGAAGCCAUGUCCUUCGCUGAGGUUCUGAAGCAAGUCAAGUCCCUGUCCUACGAGGUUAUCGUUUUCGACACCGCGCCCACCGGUCACACCCUCCGCUUUCUCCAAUUCCCUACCGUCCUCGAGAAGGCUCUUGCGAAACUGUCGCAGCUGUCCUCCCAAUUCGGCCCCAUGCUCAACUCCAUUCUGGGUUCCCGCGGAGGUCUACCUGGCGGCCAAAAUAUCGAUGAGCUGUUGCAGAAGAUGGAGUCCCUCCGGGAGACGAUCAGCGAAGUGAACUCCCAGUUCAAGGAUGCCGACCUUACCACCUUCGUCUGUGUCUGCAUCGCCGAAUUCCUUUCCCUGUACGAGACCGAGCGCAUGAUCCAGGAGCUGACCAGCUACAACAUCGACACCCAUGCCAUCGUCGUCAACCAACUCUUGUUCCCGAAGCAGAGCAGCGCGUGCGAGCAGUGCAACGCACGCAGGAAGAUGCAGAAGAAGUACCUCGAGCAGAUCGAAGAACUGUACGAGGACUUCAACGUGGUUCGGAUGCCGUUGCUGGUCGAAGAAGUAAGAGGGAAGGAGAAGCUUGAGAAGUUUAGCGACAUGCUUGUGAACCCAUAUGUUCCCCCGGAGGGAAACUAA